CCAGGAAGUCCAGCCGCUGCUGCAGUCAUCUGACUCUGACGCAAGCACCUGGGCUUCCCGAAAGUCAACAGCAGCAGCGGAAAAACUCAACAUGGCUCCCAAACUUGAACUUCCAAACACUACAUCGAUCGUCUGGCUGAUGUUUCUCUCUCUGAUUCCCCCGGCGGAGGCUUACGAUGCGGGCGACGCUUUGGCCCUGCUCCUGUGCACCGUCCUGACCGUGGUGGGUUUCUGCGCCUGCCUCGGCUGGUACGCACGAAAGCGGAACGGACAGCUGUGAGAGAGACCCACUUGAUCGUGCGCUUGUCCAGUUAUGUUGUCAUCCACCGCAUUAUUAUCCAUCCAGUGAUCUCAUGAGGACCUUCUGGCACAAGCUUUGUGUGGAAGCAAUUGAUCAGAAAUGUGCCUUAUUAGGAGUUAAUGCGUGACGCACAACGGGGACCACAUGCGCACUGGAAGGUGGAGGGAAACAUCCAGGAAGUCCAAAUACAGGAACUGUUACAUGUUGCACUGCUGAGAUUAAAGACCAAACACCGUUGCCUUCUAUUUGAAAAGACUGCUGCCCUUACUCUGUAUUCUCCUGGGGAUGCUUGCAUUGCAUAUUUCGCAUAUUUUCCAUAGCUUGGAGUGAUCAGUGUGAUUUCCUGAUUCGUCCAAUGUGCAUCACAACGUUGCCAUUGUUUGAAGCACAAUAUCUCAAGUGUGGUUACAUGGAAAGAGCGGGACUGAUGUUGCAGUUUCUGCUGUUGAAAUGUUUGGCAGUGGCUUUCAGAAUAAUAAACUGAUUCUCCAGAUGCUCUUCA